AUGGCAAAUAACACCCACAGCGGUAUCGAUUACGUGCUGUCGUUGCAGGCUGUUCGAGAGCGUGCCAAUCUCGUCUAUGAUCUGGCACUGGACGACCGACUGAACCACUUUCACUUCGACAAGGAGCGGUUGACAGAAGCAUCUGCCUUUGUCGCGCAGGUGAUAUCGCGCGACUAUGGACCUGAUCGGUACCAUGAGAUCCCACCCCACGGGCGAUGGCAGCACUUCAACGUCGGAGGAAGGGAUCGAAUCUCGGCACUUCUUGAGGAGAUGAAUCUCGCCGAUAAACUGGAGGAAGCAAGGGUUCUGGUGGAUCUGUUCUUGGUCUCCGUUCUUCUCGACGCAGGAGCAGGAGACCGCUGGCGUUUCGAAGAGCCCGGAACUGGUGAGACUUACUCCCGCUCGGAGGGAAUUGCGGUCGCCUCGCUACACAUGUUCAGAAGUGGCGUUUUCUCUUCUACUCGAGCUCUGAACGUUGACGCUCACAAAAUUCCAGGCCGCGGUUUGCUCGGCCUCACUGCCAGAGACAUAGAGUCACAUUUCCAGAUCGGAGACUCGAACCCAAUGAUCGGGGUCAAUGCUCGAGUUGAGGUUUUGAAAGCGGUUGGAGCAUCACUUCUCAACCUGACAGAUGUCUUCGGCGUCGAUGGUCGUCCUGGACGUCUUGCCGACUACUUGUUGGAUUCAAAGACUGAUGGUAGCGUUCCACUCGAUUACUUGAAGAUGUGGGCGGUUCUGCAGCGCCUCCUGCUUCCGGCCUGGCCGAAGUCAAGACCUCAGCUCGAUGGACAGCCGAUCGGAGAUGCGUGGCCGCUGGCCGUUCUUGGAUCGACAGCGGACGGGUCCAAACAAACCAAUGUCAGCAUGACCAUCCAGCCUUUUCACAAGCUGACGCAGUGGCUGGCUUAUUCGCUGUCUGUGCCGUUCUCGAAGCUUCUCGAUCGGCGCUGGCAGAACAUGGAGUUUGGCACCGGCCUCCCAGAAUACCGGAAUGGUGGGCUCUUUGUAGAUCUUCAGGUCUUGAGGCUCAAGGAGAGCACCCUGUGCCAAGGGAAGACAGCGUCGGGUCAAGAAUUACCCCUGUUUGACGCCACCAGCGACAUGAUCGUUGAGUGGCGCGCCAUGACUGUGGCACUUCUAGACCGCCUGCACGGUCUGAUCAACGAGCAUUUCAAAGCCCAGGGGGUGAGCUUGACUAUGGCGCAGGUGCUGGAGGCGGGAACGUGGAAAAGCGGCAGAGAGCUUGCAAAACUCCGUAGGCCAGAGACGUCAUCCAGUCCGAUUUUGAUAGAGGGCGAUGGGACUCUGUUCUAA